GUCGCACACACAUUCACGCAGAGUGCUAGCAGUGCCUGCGGGCGGCAGCAGUAGGCAGGCGGGCACUCCCUCGGUGACACGGGCGGCGCAUUGAAUGGGGACAAUGGAACGGCGGUAGAAUGGACAACAAUCGCGCUCGUUCCUGAGUGGAACGGGCAACAAUCGCGCGCGUUCCACAGUGGAAUGGUGCAGGGCGCCGUGUUCGCUUUGCGCACUCGGCAACAGGCGGAGACAAUGGAGAUACAGCAGAUGUGCACAAAAUUAUGCCAACAUAAACGCCAUGAUCCAAAGGAUGAUGUUUCUGAGAAACAGUGUCCAGUUACUGUGAAUCCUCGUCAUAUGAAAAAAGCUUUUAAAGUUAUGAAUGAACUGAGAAGUCAGAAUCUUUUGUGUGAUGUAACACUUGUAGCUGAAGAUACUGAGAUUCCAGCGCACAGAGUCGUUUUGGCAGCCUGCAGUCCAUACUUCCAUGCAAUGUUUACAGGUGAAAUGAGUGAGAGCAAAGCAAAGAGAGUUCGCAUUAAGGAAGUGGACAAAUGGACAUUGAACAUCCUUAUUGACUAUGUUUACACAGCUGAAAUUCAGGUUACAGAAGAGAAUGUUCAGGUGUUGCUUCCAGCAGCAGGGCUACUGCAGUUACAAGAUGUUAGAAAGAGCUGUUGUGAUUUCCUGGAGUCCCAGCUUCACCCAACCAAUUGUUUAGGAAUUCGAGCUUUUGCUGAUAUGCAUGCUUGCACUGUCUUGAACCAAGCCAACACGUAUGCAGAGCAGCACUUCUCGGAGGUUGUGCUAGGAGAGGAAUUCCUCAACCUUGGUAUAGAUCAAGUAUGCAGUCUGAUAGCCAGUGAUAUGCUCACAAUCUCUUCAGAAGAAAAGGUUUUUGAAGCAGCCAUUGCCUGGGUAAAGCAUGAUAAAGAACCUCGACAGGAGCAUAUGGCACGACUGAUGGAGCAUGUUCGGCUACCCCUUCUUACACGUGAAUAUCUGGUGCAGAGAGUAGAAGAGGAAGCCCUGGUCAAAAAUAAUAAUGCAUGCAAAGAUUAUCUCAUUGAAGCUAUGAAGUAUCACUUGCUUCCUGCUGACCAACGUGCAUUGAUGAAAACAACCAGAACAAGAUUAAGAACACCAGCUAGUGUUCCAAAGGUGCUGGUAGUGGUUGGUGGUCAGGCACCUAAAGCUAUUCGUAGUGUGGAAUGUUAUGAUUUUGCAGAGGAACGUUGGUACCAAGUUGCUGAACUUCCUUCACGAAGAUGCAGAGCAGGUGUUAUGUGUAUGGGUGGGCUGGUUUAUGCUGUUGGAGGUUUUAAUGGCUCACUAAGAGUAAGAACCGUUGAUUCGUAUGACCCAGUCAAAGACCAGUGGUUCAACAAUGCUAACAUGCAGGACAGACGGAGCACUCUGGGAGCUGCAGUACUGAAUGGAAUGCUGUACGCGGUUGGAGGAUUUGAUGGAAGUACAGGUUUGUCAUCUGUGGAGGUGUAUAAUGCCAAAGCGAAUGAGUGGUUUCAUGUAGCUCCAAUGAACACCAGAAGAAGCAGUGUUGGUGUAGGUGUUGUAGGAGGUGUGCUAUACGCUGUUGGUGGCUAUGAUGGAGCAUCACGACAAUGUCUUAGCUCUGUGGAGGCCUACAACUCUGCCAAAAAUGAAUGGGCUUAUAUUGCAGAAAUGAGCACACGACGCAGUGGAGCAGGUGUGGGAGUUUUAAAUGGUUUACUCUACGCUGUUGGAGGUCACGAUGGCCCACUGGUGAGGAAAAGUGUAGAAAUGUAUGAUGUCUCUUCAAAUACCUGGAAGCAGGUUGCCGACAUGAAUAUGUGCAGAAGAAAUGCAGGUGUUUGUGCUGUAAAUGGUCUAUUGUAUGUAGCUGGUGGAGAUGAUGGUUCAUGUAACCUCGCAUCUGUGGAAUAUUACAACCCAGCAUUAGAUAAAUGGAUACUUCUACCACAAUGUAUGAGCACUGGAAGAAGUUAUGCAGGUGUUACAGUAAUUGACAAACCUUUAUGACUAAAGUAUGCUGGAUAUGGUGAAUUCUGGAUUCUUCAUUGAAAUGGUACUUCAUGAAGUAGCUCAACUUUUUAGCACUUCUUUGCUAAUGAUUACAUUAGAAGCAAGCAUUUAAAGCAAUGUGGAAAAGGACAGACAACCAUGUCUUGUCAGCAAGAACAGAAGAUUAUGAUGAUUGCACUUGAUAGAAGCACUACAUGGAAAGGGACUACAUUACAGCUAUUAGUAAGUAGUGUUGGAAUGGAGCCUUGAUGUAUAGGAUUUGAAAUUUUAAAAGCUGCUAUAGAAAUACUGACUUUUGCCAGUCAAGAUGAAUUUGAGCAUUGUGUCAAAGAAACCAACAUAUUGUUAUGGAUAUUACAGGUUAUGUCUUCACAAAUUUUGUGAAAAGGAAUCGGAGUAAUGGUUACAAUUGUGUUAUGGCAAAUAAGUUGCUUCCAUAUGCCUGAAUAUGGAGGCUGACAUGUAAGGUGCCAACAGAUACAUUUGGGUUCCAGGACCAUAAUUUUGUCUACGUAUGCUGUUGGCACAGCACUUCAAGACUUGAUUAAAUAUUUUAAUUUAUUUUUGAUUUGGUACUGAGAAAAUGCCAGUUGAGAGUAGUAGUAUUUGUAGGUAAUGAGAGUUUAACACCAAGUUAUCAUGUGGAGAAAAACAAAGACUGUACCAAAACUUUUAAAUGCAGUUUGGAUUUUAAAAUACAUCAUUCAAUUAAUGUAAAUGCAGGAAAAAAUUGAAAUGUAUAAUUUGUUCUGUUUUAUUAAAUCAUGUCCACAUUUUGAUGCAUUCCUACAUUUCUGUAACUCUUGAUUUACUUAGUGGUUCUUGGCAUGAAGAGUAGUGUUGCAAGUUUAUAUUACUAAAUUUGUGUGCAUUUUCCUUGAAUUGCAUGUAGUAUUGCCAAUGUGCAGUAUAUUUAUGUACUGGUUACAUUUUGCUGCUGUUUAUUUUGUGGUAACACUUGCCAGUUUUGAUUCGUAUUUGCAUAAAUACUAUAAGGAAUAUGAACACUGAAUUUGUUUGGGGAGGAAAACUGUUCCUGCAUUUGACUAAAACUGUUUAAAUAAAACUUUCUAUUGUGUUUGAUUGUAAAUUUUAUCAUUUUUUUGUCGAAAGACUGUCAUAUACGUAUAUCUGGAAUUUAAAAGGUAUUAGGAUUAGCACCUGUUUAAAUUAGGUGAGAUGGAUUUGAUAUAAGCUUGCCAGACAUUUAUUUGAAGUUUUAUUGAUGGUAUGUAAUCUGUUUUGCAUAUAAUGUUAUGACAUCUGCUAGAAAACACCUUUUUUAAUCUGCAUUGUUUUCAUUUUGUCAUCCACAUCUGAGACCUUUGAGAAGUUUGUUUCAAACAAUAGGGAAAAUUCAUAUCGGUAAGGUUUUUAUGUGUCCCUUAGCCACUUUCCAAAGAGACACCUUUCAUUCAAAUCUGAAGAACUUUGGCUAAUUGCCAUUUUUAUCUCCAAUUAUUUAAAUUUAAUGGGGUCUUUUUCACAGAACGUGGAACAGUACAGAACAUGGAACAAGCCCUUUGGCCCAUGAUGUUUGUGUCGACCAUGAUGCCAAAUUAAACUAAUCCCAUCUGCCUGCUAUAUCGCUCUAUUCCCUGCCUGUUCAUGUGCAUGUUUGAAUGCUUUUUAAACAUUUGCAAUCAUAUCUCUGCUUUCACCAUUUCCCCUGGCAGUGUGUUGCAGGUACCUACCAUGGUCUCUGGGGUGGUGGGUGACUGAUUUAUCUACCCUAUCUAUGCCUCUCAUAACUUUAUAUACAGUGGCAUGCAAAAGUUUGGGCACCCC